AAUGGCCGCCUGCGUCACGACGCUGCGCAAUCAAGCACGGAAAUAACUAACAGCUGUUCUACAAUAUUCGUUCGGGCAACUCAGGUAGCAGCUGUACACGGACGGACGAACACUCAGCCGUUUUCCUUGGAACUACGAUUGUUUGGACAUUGGAUAGUGGCUUUCUCAUUGUUUAAUCUUUCGCCGUGCAGCACGAACGUUCCAUUUUUCGGUUUAUUACUAUCAGCGUGUGCUUUUAGUAUUGGCUUCGAAAGUGUGUGAAUCAUUACAAUUCGUGUGUUUCUUGGCGAUAUGUUUACCAAAAUUCGUUCAUUGUUGUUGUGACUCAAAUCAAGUUGAAAUGCCUCGCGAAUACGUGGACCGCGAGGAGAGCUCUACAGUGUUAUGUCAAUAGAAUCUCUAGUAGAUAGUAAUUUUAAUUUUUAUAACCGUAAAAGUAAUUUUAAAAAUGUCUAGCACAGUUCCAAGCAGUUCUGCCUUAAGGGCUUUAGCUUUAGAAUAUAAAAGCCUGCAGGAAGAACCAGUGGAAGGUUUUAGAGUGAAACUGUUAGGGGAGGACAAUUUAUUUGAAUGGGAAGUUGCAAUUUUUGGUCCACCCGAUACAUUAUAUCAAGGCGGAUAUUUCAAGGCACAUAUGAAGUUUCCGCCAGACUAUCCUUACUCUCCACCAUCUAUUAGAUUUCUUACAAAAGUAUGGCAUCCAAAUGUUUACGAGAAUGGUGACCUGUGCAUAUCGAUCCUGCAUCCUCCGGUGGACGAUCCUCAGUCCGGCGAAUUGCCGUGCGAACGCUGGAACCCAACCCAGUCUGUACGCACCGUUCUGUUGUCAGUUAUAUCUCUGCUCAACGAACCCAACACCUUCAGCCCGGCAAAUGUAGACGCCAGUGUCAUGUAUCGCCGCUGGCGUGACUCCAAGGGCAAGGAUAAGGAGUACGAAAACAUCAUUAGAAAACAAGCGCAGGUAGCGCGCAUCGAAGCGGAAAAAGAGGGUAUAGUUGUACCUCUGACGUUAGAAGAUUACUGCAUCAAGACACAAGUCAAAUCAACGACGCAGGAGCCUCAGUUGGACAUGACAGAUUUCUAUGAUGAUGACUACGAUGAUCUCGAUACGGAUUCCGAGGAGGAGCUCGAGGGUGGCGAGGGGGACGGCGACGACAGCGGCAAUGGGGAGUCGUGAGACUGCGCCCCGCCCGCGCCCCCGCCGCCUUCCCCGCCCCCGGCACAUCGCGCUCGGACCUCCAGGACCAGUAAGACCAGGACCACAAAGCCAAGACACAAGCCAUACACAUCUAAACGAUCGUAAAGUCAUUCGAAAAACUUUGAUUACCUGUGGGCGAAACUGUCAGUUUGACAUUAUGUCAUUUGAAAACUUUAUUAUCUGUAGGACAUUGUGAAUGUAGUGCGGCUAAUAACGAAAUGCUUUGUUACAAAGAUUUAAAUAUGUAGACAGGCCUUUAUAAAAAGGUAUUAAAGGAAAUUUAUGUGUAAAAAUAAUUCUGUUAUAGUUUUAUAUUGUAUUAAAUUAAGGUCAUUAAUUAAUUAUAUGUGUCGCCGACAUAUAAUAUUUGCUUUUUAUAAGUUACUUCUGCGCCUUCCUAAAUCUAUGUUUAGAGGAUAAAUUCGGCUUUUGAUUACUAUUGCACCCUAUUUUUUAUGUGUUUCUUCGCCUUUUUACACCAUCAUAUUGUGAUUAUUGUUUGUAAAUUUAAAACUUUUAUGAAUAGGCCUCUCUGUGUAUUUAUAAUCUUUGUUUUGUUAUUUUGCAAUCGUUGAAUGUUGAAAUCAAAAGCCGCAAUAUAAACAUAAUAUUAAUUGGCUAAUAAAUGAUGUAAAAAUAGCUAUUGUAUGUCACAGAUUAAGAUCUUUAUACGAAAGUCCUAAGGAGUUUGGUCUUGAAUAAUAACUUGUGUCAGUUUGAAAGAAAAACCAAUGUAAAAUACAAAUGUUGCCAUCCUUGAAUUAUAAUAAAUGUAAAUGAUUCCAGAAGCUUCUAUAUCCAUACAUUUUGAGCUAUAAAUCCGACUUAUUUAGUUAACUCAUAGGUACUAAUCUUAUUUUGUGUAAAGAAAAACUUUAUAUUUUGUAAUCUUACUUUAUACUUUUCAAUGGAAGAACGGUCUGAUAUAAAUUCGGCUAUAAAUUAUCAACUAAAUAGAUAGACUUUCUUACGAAGAUUAAUUGCUUACAAAAAUAUUAUAUACUUUAAAAUUGUGCUUUAAAAAAAGUAAAUACAAAUAGAGUGGAUGAAAAUUGCAUGUCAUUCAGGCUGUCAUAUAAAUUAAAAAAAACGAGAGCAUAGAUGUAAUAAGAGACAUAAUUAAUUAAAUAUUAUCAUGUCUAUAAAUAAAUUAUAUCUCUAUUAAAUAUAAAAAAGAACCACUGCCAAUCUUAUCAAAGAUUCAUAAAAAAUCUGAUGAGAAUAAUAUUAUGGGGCGGUGAUUUAAUUUUAAUUUUUCGGAACCACUAGCCCCCUUUUUGAGUCUCAUGUGAUUAAUGAAUGUUCCCAAAGUAGUUGGCUUCCUAUGCAUAAUUAUUUCUCUAGGUCGAUGCUUAUAAAAUGUUAACCUGGAUAUAGGUCAUAUAAAGAGAUAAAUUAUCCUUUUUUUUAUAUGUGUCAUAAAAUUAAUCUGCAUGCAAAGUGUAAUCAAAAUUUUAGAAAAUCUAUUUAAAUCGAAAAAUAUAAAAUGACAAGGCAAGAAAUAACAUUUAGUUAGUCAGUAUUUAAUUUUACUAAUAUUCCUUUAUUUGUACUAAAAUAAAAUACAGGAAACAAAAUCAUGACAUUUUAAAAUACAAUACUAGCUGCUCAGAAUUUUGAAAGCUAUAAAAUAAUAAUUAAAAAUCAUUAGAGUAUGUUAUUAAAAAUAAAUCAAGCUCAAUAUCGAUCUACAAGAUUGAAUUCAAAGAAAUAAAUUAUUUCCACCCAAUGAUAAGUGUUAAAUCUCUUAAAACUUGGCCAGGGAAAUAGAUUCAUAUUACGGUGGUCUCAAUAUCUUCCUUUUUUUUCUAAAUCUUUCCGCAAUAUGAUGAGGUGUUUUAUUUAUGGCCAGGCUAUAGAAGAUGUAACUCUUUUGGUCGUCUUAUGCACUUAAUCAAAUUUAUAACAUUUAUCCUUAACAUUUUGUUAUUCAUUGGUAAUGUUUGAGGUCUCAACAAGAAGUCAUGGACUCAUUUACAUUUUGUAACCAUAUUCUUUUAAAAAAAAAUACAUUUGUCUUUGGUCCGUACCGCGUAUUAGUCUUUGUUAGUCGUCUUAGUUUAAUUUAUUAGUAACAGUGAUUGAAUCAUUUCAAUGUUUUAUUUUGUUUUUAUGGAAACAUCGAAACUAGGCAUGUUAAUUUCUGUGAUUACAAAAUUAUAUUGCCUAUGAUUUUUUUAUUACUGUACGAAUUUAUUGGUUUCAAGCUUAUUAAAAAUAUGUGUACAGAUAAAAAAAGUAUUUUUAAUCUGUCAUAUACUAAAUCACUUUAGUGUCUUACCAGAUGUCAAUACAUUUAAUUAGUUUACAUUAAAAUAAUUUAGUUAUUUUAUUUUGCAUGUAACAUUUUUUGGCGUAUAUAAAAUCACAUCACAGUGUUAGGGAAAAAUGUACAUAAUUUCGCUAGAGUUCAUUGUAAACAUAUAAAAUUUGAAAUGUACAGAUAUUUUAUUAAUUGUAACGUUAACAUGCUUUGAAGUAGGAUUGAUACAAUACAUAAAGGAAACAAUAAACAUAAAAAAUAUAUUCGAAGAGUACAUGAUAUAUAUUUAAUGAUACAUAAACAAAAUUUUACAUAUAUUCUUAAUUUUAUCAUGCACUAGAUAAAGUUUGAGUUGGUAAUUGUAUUUCAAAGAUUUAAAUCUCCAGAAUAACUUACGAACAUAUGGCAUUUUCGCAUUGUUAAAAUAUUUAAUGUAAUGUUUGUGUCUCCUUCCUUCACAUUGGUUGUUUAAAAUCAGUUCUCUCUCUAUCUAUAUCUAGCAAAGUAGAGAACUACUAUAUUUUUACUACUACUUCCAUCGUCUAACAUUGAGUUUCCACUAACGAAAUGUUUGUAUAUAAACUUGUUCUUGAUUUUUUUUAAAUUCAUUCAACAUUUUAAGAAACAGAAACAACUAUAAUUUGUUAUACCGAUGCUUUGGUAGUAGAAUUUCAAUGAUUUUAAACGUGUGAUGUUUUAAAAAUAUUGUAUUUAUCUAUAAUGAAUUUGAUGCUGUAAAGUAUUUAGGAGUUUGUAUUUAAAUCUUUGCUGUAUCUUUACACUUAAGCGUUUAAACUUAUUCUUGGCCUUUAAUAACCUGCUAUAAUAUGUUUUAUAUAAAAUUUGAUGGUGUAUUCAUCAUUUCUUCAUUAGGUCAUCAUAGAAAUGAAGCCUUUAGAUUAUUAGAAUAUAAGUUAUCCUCAAAGUGUACUGAGUUAUAGUGUGACGCAUUGACAUACUAAUAUCAUUAGACAAGCUUACCAUUCGAUAACGUUUUAGUGAUGGUGUCCUAAAUAUUGUUUGAAAAUCUGAAUUUAAAAUGUCGUCCGAAACGUAUCAUUUAGUAUAGAUUUAAGUUAUAAUAAGCGGUUUGGAAAUUUACUGUAGGUAAUACACGAAGAAGACGUUAUGUAAAAUAUUCUAUAAUAAAGCAUAUGUUUGGAUGCUGCAUA